AACCUGCCUCCCUAUGCCUUUAUUCGCACACCCAUCAUCUCUCCUCGCCAAAAACACAGAACGGACAGAUGAAAACACACGGCAAAAUAUUUAGUCUCAUCCCUGGAGUGUUCGCUGUUGUCAAGGGCUCUCAACAACAUGGAUAUAUAUAAUAUUCCUGCGAUAUGGCAUAAUCCUUUCAUCAUUGUGCAUUUCUUUUCGAAAAAUGAAUUAAUCGGCGUUGUCGGCAGAAAGAAAUAACGCUAUCCAGCAAGUAACUCUCUCGUUUUAUAUGGAUAUUAUGAUCAAACUAACUGUAUUUCACACAGACGACACAUUUAUGGCUGAAACUGACAGUUCUUCCAAAAUAGAGAGUCAGCUGAAGUGAAUACAACAAAGAUGAAUCCCUUAUAGAGGAGCUGCCUGGCUUGCAAAGGAUCAAGGUGAUAUUCGUAAAUUGCAGUCUGGGAGGGUUCAGCGGCGCGGAGAGGUGACGUUGACCGGAUGCGUGUAGCGGAGCGUGCCGUGUGGCUUUGACCAUGAGCCGGCUGAUGUUGGGCCGGACCCUGGAGCGGAUCUGCAAGGCUGUGCUGUUGCUCUGCCUGGUGCACUUCCUAAUCAUGAUGAUCCUCUACUUCGAUGUCUACAGUCAGCGCUUCGACAUCUUCAGCCGUUUCAACAAUGGCCGUGGAGCGAACAGCUCACGAGGACCCCACCACUACUACUAUAAUUUCUCCAGUGGAAGGCCCAACACUACCUUUGCAAGUUACCUGGCCACAGCUGACCAUCUUUUGCCCAGCACCAAACCAGAGGCCAACCACACACCGCCGACCCCUAAGCCAUUACCACCAUGUCCGGAGAUACCGCCUGGUCUGGUUGGACGUCUCCUCAUCGAAUUCAGCUCCCAGAUAACCCUCGAGCGGGUGCAGAGAGAGAACCCUAAUGUGACAGAAGGGGGAAAAUACACUCCUCCAGACUGCCGGCCAAAACAAAAGGUGGCCAUCAUCAUCCCAUUCAGGCACAGAGACAACCACCUGAAAUAUUGGCUUCACUACUUGCACCCAGUCCUGCGCAGACAGAAGAUCGACUAUGGGAUCUAUAUCAUCAACCAGCUUGGCGAGGACACCUUCAAUCGGGCCAAGCUUCUUAAUGUUGGCUACACAGAGGCUCUUAAAGACGCAGAAUACGACUGCUUCAUUUUCAGUGACGUGGACCUGAUCCCUAUGGAUGACCGGAACUUGUACCACUGUUACGACCAGCCCCGUCACUUUGCCAUUGCCAUGGACAAAUUCGGCUUCAGGCUGCCCUAUGCGGGGUACUUCGGAGGGGUGUCUGGCCUUAGCAAAAAACAGUUCCUCAAAAUCAACGGCUUCCCUAAUGAAUACUGGGGCUGGGGAGGUGAAGAUGACGACAUUUACAACAGAAUCACACUAAAUGGGAUGAAAGUGUCUCGGCCCGACGUGAGAAUCGGCCGCUACAGGAUGAUCAAGCAUGAGAGAGACAAGCACAAUGAGCCAAACCCCCAGAGGUUCAGUAAGAUCCAGAACACCAAGAACACCAUGAGGAAAGAUGGGAUCAGCUCGCUGAUGUACAGAGUGGUGUCUGUGAAGAAAUACCCGCUCUACACCAACAUUUCCGUAGAGAUCGGCAAGCCUCCUCCCAGACCUCUCAAAGGAUAGAGAGCUACCGAGGACACCAUGACCUUCUUAAAGUUCAGCACACAAACACACACACACAAACUCUGCCCAGGGUCACCUUCCUAUGAUACAGCAGUGAUAUGCUGAACAGGUUAGUUCUCAGGAAUACAUGGAAGCUUGAUGUGGAUCCAUCGAUGUAGAUUCAUAUCCUGAUCCAGAUCGAGAUGUGCACACAGUGUCUGGAGGGACGGGAAUAUCAUCAUACUCCAACAGCUGUUUUGGUCAGACCUUGAGGAUCAAUUCAAGCUUUUAGGAUCUUAAAAGGAGGAUUGUUCAAUUCUGGUUUUUGGUAAGUGACGUUGAUCUGCGAAGACGAACAGCCUGGUCACUUGAUGUAAAUCAGUCAGAACAUACUGUACAUUUCAAAAGCGAAUGUGUCUUUGUACCUGCGAUGCUUGCAGUGUUCAAAUCUCUUCUUUCGUAUCUCAGAUGUUGGUUGAUCAUGUGAGGUUGAUAAAUCGGUGCUUGAAGUUGGCUCCUUUGGAUUGUGUCUCUAUCUUGCGCUCUCUUUUAUUUUGUAUCGUCUCUUGGGACUAAGCUGAAUUUCGUCAGCCAUGAAAACGCUUCUCAGCAUUUCUGGGGAAAGGAACCCCUUGUUGGGAUUUCUUCAUGGGAACCUGGGGGACAAUUAUGUGAUGUGAUUAGACUGGAUAUGGACUAGUCCUACAAGCACAUGACUGUCAGUCAAUAUGGCAAAUCCGCAGCAUAUCCUCUAGCUGCCUGGAGAAACAGCAAGAACUUUUGCUGAGGGAUAGAGGAGCUUCUGUAGAAGUUACUGAUGAUCAAACCUCUGUAUCUAUCACCACAUGCUCAAAACUGACUGUGCUACGAGCCACCCUUUCUUUGUUUACGUUCAUUUGCCUCAAAGAUUCAUAUUUAGAUCUGUCAUAUAUCAAAGCUUUUUUUAAAAACUUGGAGGAUGCUACAAUGGGUGCUUUGAUCAAAUAAUGCCCAUUUAAUUUAGUUUUAGAGUCUCGUGCCUCUUUUGAUGAUCAUCUUUGGAGGUGUAAUUAAAUGAUGCUCUGAUAUGUCCAAGAUAAAAAUAUAUAUAUAUAUAUAUAUUCACCCAGGGUCCAAAAUCACCAUUUCGCCACACCUGCCAAUUCAAGUAAAUUGAAAGCAUUUACUGGCCGUAUUUAUUUCUUAUGAAUCAUCCAUGAAUCAACAUAUUUUUGUCUUUGUGACAGACAUUAUUAUUAGCUGUCUUUAGCAUAUUUGUAAGAGCACAGUUCUCCAAGAAGCUAGUUAAGCCUUAACUGCGCUAUAAAACAUGAAGACCUAUAAUUUUGUUCUUUCAUGUUUUUGUUUUAAUAACUUAAUGUGAAAAAUAUUCACGCACUAGCUUUCAAAAAUGUGGGGUCAGUUAGAUAUUUUUGAAAGAAAUACUUUUAGUCAAUGCUUUAAGACUUUUACAUUCUUAUAGUUUAAAUUUUAAAUAAAUGCUCUUCGAAAGUCCUGUUCUUCAAAGAUGAAUCAAAUGUAUGACAGUUUGUAAAUGUAAAAUAUUGGCUGUUUUCACAUUGGUAACAAUGGGAAAUUUUUCUUGAGUGCCAGAUUAGCGUAUUAGAAUGAUUUCUGAAGACUGAAGUAAUGGCGGCUGAAAAAUGAUUACAGGAAAAAAAGACAAAUAUAUUAAAACAAUAUUGCUGUUUUACAACAUUUUUGACAACAUUUUUUCGACCCCACAUAUGUGACCCUGGACCACAAAACCAGUCUUAAGUCUCACAGGAAUAUUUGUAGCAAUAGCCAAAAAAUACAUUGUACAGGGCAAAAUUAUCGAUUUUUCUUUUAUGGCAAAAUCAUAGGAUAUUAAAGAUCAUGUUUCAUGAAGACUUUUUGUAAAUUUCCUACUGUAAAUAUAUCAAAACGUCAUUGCUAAGAAUUUCAUUUGGACAAUUUUAAAGGUGAUUUUCUCUAUAUUUCGAUUUUUUUUGGCACCCUCAGAUUCCAGAUUUUCAAAUAGUUGUAUCUCGGCCAAAUAUUGACCUAUCCUAAAAAACUACAGGUGAAAAUCAUUUUCUAAAAAAUGACUGGUUUUGACUGGUUUUGUGGUCCAUGGUCACUUAUUUGAACAGAGUACAGAGGACAAAAACUUCCUAGAUAAAAACAAAAUAACAUAGAUGAUUAUAAGAUUUGUCUGGUUUCCAUAAUUUUCAUUAUUCGUCAUUAUGUUGAUUUGGCUAAUGUUAAUUUUGGACCCUGUAUUCACCUCUUCCGAAUAAAUCUGAACUGUUUUGAACUGCUUUUCUUUACAAUACUUUGCAAAAGCCUCUUAAAGUUGUUAUACCAUUUCUUCCUUCUUCACCUUUUAUUUUACUGCCUGAAAACACCAAGCUGAUGCCUUCAGAUGUUUUAUGAGGGGUAAAUGUGAGGGGAGUUCAAGCUCUUUUUUCUCUCUUAUCGGCUUUUCUGCACCGCGUGUGGACGCUCCUUUUGUGCUAUCAACGAUUCUUUCAGCCCAGCACAGAGGAAGUCAUUAAUGAGAGCCCACUCUCCUUGUCCUUUUUAAAAUACACAUUUCCUCGUCUUUCUCCCCACGCCUUUCAUUAUAGCCUCACCAACCCAUUUCGUUUCUGUGUGUGCAUUUGUGUUGUCUUAACUGCUGACCCAAGCAGCCACUAUGUCACUAACAUUGUUUCCUUCUUAAGUAUUUCAUCACCUCUGUCUCAAGGGUACCACUAUCUGUCAGUUAUAAGUGCAUCACUUCUGCCACGCUGUAUUUGUACAUGGGUCAUCAAGCGAAAUAACUUUUAAUACUUACCUGACACUUUUGCCUCACAAGCAAACUGUAUGAAUAGCCUUAAAAGUUGACAUCCUUUGAAAGAUGCCCACUCUGUGCACAUAGUUGAGUAUAUUCAGAACUAUUCAUUCAUCAUAUUCAAUAAUAUUUACUCUAGCUGUGGCUUGCAUUUUAAGUGCUGAGAAACACGUUGUAGAAUGCAGUAAAUCCUAAAAGCUUUAACACGAAUGAGAUUUCAAGCCAAUAUCCUUAUUAAAAAGUCAUUAUGCUCAUUCUGAAAUGUCUUGGCAAAUGAAAUAGAAAUCUGUUUCUGUCAGAGUAAGAUGAGAUUAUUUCCCUUUCGAGUUCAUGUAUCAAGGCGCACAUUAAAUGUUGCAGAGCGCAUGUCGUUUACAUUUAUCUUCAUUUUCUCAAAAUUAAAACUGCAGUCCAUAUGGUGUAUACAGUGUGAGUGGAACAAGUCCAACAUAUUGAAAGCCUCACAUACAUUGCAUGUAAUCUGUCAGGCCUGAUAUAGCAUGAUGAUGUAUAAUUUGUAGUCAUUAUUCUGACAACAUUUUGUUUUAUACUUGAUUUAAAGGUGUACUUAGUCAGUUUUGUUUGUUGCACUGAAUGAUAUGGCAGAUUUAUUCUACCAUGACUAAAACAUUUCACAAGUGGACAGUUAUCUGUUUUUUUUUUUUUUUAAGAAAUUGAUAGUUUUAUUCAGCAAGAACACAUUAAAUUGACCCAAAAAUGACAGUAAAUACAUUCUAUUUAUUUAACUUUCAAAUAAACACUGUACUUUUGAGCUUUCUAUCUAUCAAGGAAUCCUGUAUCAGUUUCCUCAAAAA